AUUCUUUCAAGUGGCAAAACCUUAGAGAAACAUUUGAAUUAAGACUGUAGUUAGAGCAACUAAAAAAUUUCAUAUUCUGCGAAUAAUAAAAUGGCAAAGAAAUGCAAAUAUAAAGUUUACCCACUUUUAACAAUAGUAAUUUUUAAUUUACUAAUGUUUUCACCAAAAUUAUCAGCGGCAGAUAUGGUUGAUAUGGAACACUUUGGUCAGGAAUUAUUUUACGCCUUAGCCUCUAGUGAACCGCAACGUAAUCAUUUGAUAACACCUUUACCUUUAGCAACUCUUUUAAUUUUAUUACGUGCCAAUGCCGAAGUUGAUAGUGCUUAUGAAAUCGGUGAUUAUUUAGGUUUAAUUGGCAAAGCUAAUGAAGUCAUUCAAAAAAAAUUAUGAGGAUCUAUUGUGGAAAAUGGAAAAAACUAAAUACUUUACAAUGUCAAAUAAUAUCUCAAUAUUGACAAGUCAAAUAGUUGUAGACACGAUUAAAUUGAGUGUACGCGAUACCAUCAAAGUCUGGAGAACUCAUAGAAUUUGUUAUAAAGCGGCCGAUUUGGCAAAUAGUGGUCAUAAAACAGAAAUACUGCUAGAAACAAAAAUGCAUUUCAAUAAUGUAUUUCGCUAUAGUCUCUCACCAUCCACCAAGGGCUAUUUCCAGGCAUAUAAUGGCGAUAAAAUUGAAAAGGAAAUGUUAAAUCAUAUAGCAGACAUACGUUAUGGAAAGGUACCUCAAUUAAGUGCUACAGCUGUUGAAGUACCCUACAGUGAUGGUAAUACUUUCUUAUUGAUUUUUCUACCUCACAACCCUAUGGGUGUAAUAGAGUUGGAGAAACGUUUAAAAUCAUUUCCUCUGGGCAGCAUGAAUUCAUAUUUAAGGCGGAAUCGUCUCAAACUUAUUUUACCAAAAUUUAAGACUCAUGUGAAAAUGUCUGUAAGAGAUGGUUUGAUAGCGUUGGGAAUGUCUAGCAUGUUUAAACGCCUGUGUGAAACCAGGCCUCAUAUAAGGGUUUCAGACAUUAUGUUUAGGGCUUCAUUUGGUAUUAAUGAACAAACUGCUGGAGUUGAAACUUUUAUAGAUGAUGACGAGGCAACACUUGCGAAAAUUCCAGAACUUCGUGUUGAGCAUCCAUUUAUUUUUCUAGUGAAAUCGAUCAAAAAUGAUAUAUAUUUAAUGGGCAAAAUUGUAACUUAAGGCUUUAUAAGAAUAUAUUUAAUGAUUUUCAGAACAGAUUUUCAAAAUUAUAAAAUUUUUUGAAAUAUUAUUAAUCUUAUGAAUCUAUUUAUUACACUACAACUAGGAGAGAAUAAAAAUGUUAUUAAUGUGUAAAGCUGUAUAAAGCCGUUUCGUCUAAGAUCAGUCUAUAGACGUUACUAUUUAUCAGUAUAUAAUAUAAUCACUCUUGUCAGUAUAUCAAACUAAUAAGUUUAUAUUAUUAAAUAGCGAUCAUACUAUUGUCAUGAUUACUGAUCAGUCUCUAGUUCUGAUUAAAGACCAACAGUCUCAAGUACUUAACUUUUGGCCAAAAUAUAGUA